UCCACCAAAGGUGAAAAAAUGUACCUUCAGUUUCUUUACAUUUCCAACAUUUAUUAUCAGGCAAAUGGUAGAUUUUUGCAAGCUUGACUGGGGUUAUGUACCACCUGUAUAUCAUUUUCAUAAUAUUUUCUCUUAAGGCAUUACAUGCCGUAAAUUUCAUAUCUGUGGUCCAUAACUGUUCCCAGUCAGCAAACAUAAUAUUAUGUCCAACGUCUUGUGCCCAUUUAAUCAUAACAGAUUUCACCGUUUCAUCCUGAGUAUUCCAUUUCAACAGCAAGUUAUACAUCUUUGACAAAGUUUUAGUUUUGGGUUCUAACAAUUCUAUUUCUAAUUUUGAUUUUUCCACCUGGAAGCCGAUUUUCUUAUCCAAAUUGUAUGCCUCCAUUAUCUGAUAGUAAUGAAGCCAGUCUCGCACUUUGUUUUUAGUUUUUCAAAACUCUGCAAUUUCAAUCUGUCUCCAUCUUGUUCCAAAAUUUCCCAAUAUUUCGGCCAUUUGACCUCCAUAUUGAGCUUUUUCAAGGCUUUCGCUUCCAUCGGUGACAGCCACCUUGGAGUUUUGUUUUCCAAUAAAUCCUUGUAUCUUAUCCAAACAUUAAACAGUGCUUUCCUGACAAUAUGGUUUUUAAAUGCUUUAUGUGCUUUGACCUUGUCAUACCACAGAUAUGCAUGCCAUCCAAAUACGUUGUUAAAACCUUCUAAAUCCAAAAUGUCAGUGUUUUCAAGAAGCAGCCAUUCUUUCAACCAGCAGAAAGCUGCUGAUUCAUAGUAAAGUUUAAGGUCUGGCAGGGCAAAUCCACCUCUAUCCUUUGCAUCUGUUAGUAUUUUAAAUUUUAUUCUGGGCUUCUUGCCCUGCCAGACAAAUCUAGAAAUAUCUCUCUGCCACCUCUUGAAACAGUCCAUUUUGUCCACAAUUUGCAAUGUUUGAAACAAAAACAACAUUCUAGGCAAUACAUUCAUUUUUACGGCAGCAAUACGACCCAGCAGUGAAAGCUUCAAAUUUGACCAAAUUUCUAAAUCUUUUUUCACUUCAGCCCAGCAUUUUUCAUAGUUAUCUUUAAAUAAGUUCCCAUUUUUUGCUGUCAAGUUGAUCCUUUCUCGUACAUUUCUAUCUUUGGAAAUUGCUACCCUAUAUUUCCAGGAACUGCUGAUGCUCAUUCUGAGAAAGAGGCAUAAGAGCAACCUUGUUUUGGGGAACACAGGCAGAAGUCUUUCUUUGUGGAAAUAUUGCUUAGUGCCAGCACUGAAAAAGCUUUCUGUGCAGAAUUGGCAAAGAUCAAGGGGUCAAAAAUAGUGUUCCCAUUAUGGUGUAUGGGUUCCACUUUCUUCCCUCCUCACAGCACCAAAUGGGGCAAUACUUCUUCUGUGCAAACAGGAGAAUUUCAUAUUGACUUAAGCACUGACGUCGACCGGAAAUGCCAUUGCUGUGGGCUGAGUCACCAAGUGCUGGGAGCCAAGCAGCUACAGGGCAGCACAUCAUGUGUCAAAUUUAGAGCUUUGUGAAGGGAUUGUGCAGUUUGCCCUGCUCCAACAGUGGGAUCUUCCAGCCUCCAGCACCUCCACCUCACCCCUCCUCCUUUAGUCAGCUGAGAACAAGCAGUCCUGCUGGCUGGGUAAGACAGGAAACCAAAAGGGAAACUGAAACCUUUUCCUUAGCAAUUCUAAUUCCAGUCAAAGCAUCUAGUGAGGGGAAUUCAUGUGAGCGCUACCAUAAAAAGCCACUGGAGUUUCCAGUCAGAGCAGAAGUGUUGUAAACUGCUCCAAGCACACAUCUGUGGGAAAGGCUUCAGCAGCGGCAGCCCCCUUCUGAGUUUCCUCCUGGCUGAAGUGCCCCGCAGAGACUGCUGCCAAGCCAGACCAGCCAGAAAAUUACCUAUGUGAGUACCACCUUUUCUCUCCACAGCCCUGUCUAGCUGUUAGCUUGAGAGAAACAGCCACAAGCCCUGGAUUUCAGACUUUCAGGCUGGGGAAGAAGUGACUUGGGUCAAAUCAAGGCAGGGCUGGCAGGAUACAUCUUGCUGAGUGUGGCGAGGCAGCAAAUGCUUUCUAUUUGUGCCCUGUCUUGCUGGCUGUGCAAGGGAUUGAGGAAGUAGUCGAGUGAUUCUGGCACCUGAGGCAGAAAACCCCACAAAUGUCUUGGCAGUGAAAACGCAGUAAUAAUAAAUAACAAACAAUUUGCGGCCUUUUCCUGAUGCACAAAAACAGCUGCCUGCCCCUCUACCUAAUGAUAGGGCUCAUCCUGGAGUGAGUGAAUAGUUUCAUAGUUCUUGAAGAAAAACAUUCAAAGAUCCUAUGGGCAGCCCUUCCUUUAUCUAGCUAAGGGAUGGGGAAUCUCAGGUUUGGGUGCCAAAUGUUACCCUGUAGGCCUGAGGAGAUUUCACCCCUCCCAUAUCCAAGAAUCUCCUGAGGAGUCUGCUGAUUCUCCAGAGAGGAGGAGGCGUGUUCUGCUCUCUACUUAUUCUGCUCCAGCACCCAGUCAGUCAGUCAGUCAGUGUCAGAGAGAGAGAGGGAGACUGAGUGUUGGAGAUUGUGUAGAGAUAAGGUUGCUGCUAAGAGCAGCUGCAGACACUCAGUGCAGUGCAGCAUUCAUUUAUGCUUAGACCUAUUUAGCUCUGUAUAUAGUUGUAUAAUAGUUGUAGAUAGAAUAAAGAAGAUAUUCUACAGAGCUGCUCUCCGAGUUGUUUAUAUACUCUACUAGACUCUGCUGUACUCUGCUGUACGACGACUGUCUUCUUGUGGAAGUGAAUCCGGUGCUCACAUCUCUAAGCUGUGAGUCCACAGCACUUUGACCUGUUCCUGUGCAGAAGGUGGUCUCUGGAAGUGCUACCCAGCUCGCCUAGCCCAGUCGGGGCUGAAGUGGAUGAGUCCAGCGGGUGGCACUGGCUCAAGGGCGAUGCUGACAGGGACCACACCUCCUCUCCCCAAGAGAUUUUGCCGAACUGAAAUAUGUCCUUUCAUUUUGCUGUUUUAAAAUGGUAGGAGUCGCUCACAUUCACUGCUCUGGCCCAGAAGCUUGCCCAAGAGGAAAUGCCCUUGGGGAAAAUGUUUCCCAACCUCGACCCAGCCUUUCCAGGGGAAAUAACCUGAGUGCAGAAGCAGAGCUUGGAAUUUCUUUUUCUCUUUAGAUUCCUCAGCCUCUUCCCUGGGCUGCCUUCUGAACUGCUCAGCCAAGCAGCAUGGAAGAGCCAAUGUGCCUGAUCGAGAACAACCCCAAGGAACAGCUGCGGGUCAACCAGGAAGCCCUGAAGAUCUUGCAGAGCAUCCAGCAGCCAGUGGUGGUAGUAGCCAUCGUGGGACUGUACCGCACUGGCAAGUCCUACCUCAUGAACAAGCUGGCAGGAAAGAAGAAAGGUGAGUCUGCAGAAGGAAUAGGUGUUGGUGGGUAGAGACUUUGGGCUGGAUGGGGCCAGCAAGGUACCUUCAGAUGUUACUUCAUUUAGGUAACCGCUUUUUCAGAUAUCGGAGAAUUCCACACUAAGAGGACCAUAUUCUGAGAUUACUGCUGAUCCCCUCGUACCUGAUUCCCUUAUUCCUGUCUCAUUUGAUCCCUAUAGGCUUCUCUCUGGGGGCCACGAUUCAAGCACAAACCAUGGGCAUCUGGAUGUGGUGCCUUCCUCACCCCAAAAAGCCUGACCACACCUUGGUGCUUUUGGACACAGAGGGGCUGGGCGAUGUGGAGAAGGUAAGUUGGAGACACAGAGCAGCUAUUGUUUGGGGGAAGGGCCAUAGCUUAGUGGUAGGGCAGCUGCCUUGCAUGCAGAAGGUCCUAGGUUCAAUCCCCGAUAUCUCCAGGUAGGGCUUGCCGUUUGUGUCUCACGCCUUCAUUGUAUACCUUUAGGCACCAGGCAAAAACAUUCCUUUUCAACUAGGCUUUGGCUGAUUAAUAUUCUACAGCCUUUUAAAAUGUUUGGGGGGGUAUUGUUUCCUUUUCUUUAACUAUUUACUUUUGUUUUUACCUUUUACCCAGAGAUCUUGUGAUGAAGGGUGGUAUAUAAAUCUUAAUUAACAACAACAACUAUACAACAGGAGAACAAGGCUAAUCAGGAGCACUUUAAAAGCUCUCAGGUGAGGAAGCAUGCUCAUAGGAGUAAGGCAAAGGUGAGGGAGUGCGAGCAGAAAGGGAUCAACCAGGCAGAGUUCUUUACUGUGUGUAGGGAUGCAGCCUAGGUGCAGAUCAAGUGUGUAACAGGAUUCUGCACUAAUUACUUACAUCCCACCCUACAGAGCAAUACUGCGAAUGACUCCUGGAUUUUUGCCUUGUCCAUUCUGUUAAGCAGCACCUUUGUAUACAACAGCAUGGGCACCAUUGAUCAAUAUGCUCUGGAGAAACUGCAGUAUCCUUUGUACAAAUGGUGUCAGGCAGUUCACUGCCAGUUUUCCUGCUUUGCAGUCAGAAUAGAUGGUGUGUAGAUGCUUUCGGUAGCAAUGUAGCUGUGUGUGCACGCUGGGAAAUGCCUCUUCGUACAUACAUUUAUUUUCACGAUACUGGAUGGUGCAAUGUAGGUCACAGUUAGUGGGGACACCACACUGGUUUCCACGAAACACACUAAUUGACAAAUUCAAACGAAGAUGAACAAAACUGUGAUAAUAAAUAAGACAGCAAUUUUUAAUCAGUUAGCUGGUUAGAUUUCUUUGGGAGGGAAACAGCAUUAAAAAAAGACACCUCUCCAAUGAGGCAGCAAAAAUCUGUUAAUUCAUUUAAAUUCAAGUCCUAUUGAUUUUUAUCAAUAGAGGGCAGCUGCCUUCUUAAAAGAGUCAUUCUGCCUUCUCACACACACAGAAGUAAUGUCUCUUCUAGUACUGUGUCUGCUAUGUCGCAUGCAUACAUCAUCUGAAAACGAAGGAAUUGUGCUUUUUGAUUUGGAAUUACUGUUUUUAUCUAGAAGCAAGAUUUAUCUAACUGCGUGACAUUUCUAAUAAGGCCCUUAGGAAUAGUGAGGAGGGAUAGAGGAGGAAAGGUGAGGGGUAUUUGAGAGAUUACUGCCCUGUGAAGUGGAAGAGGCAUCGUAAUUUCCUUAGCGUGAUCCCAGGUAUGUGACAGAGCUGACUAAGCGCAUUAAGGUGAAGAGCACACCUGCAAAGGACUCUGAGGGUGAAGAGGGAGAUUCGGGUGACUUUCUCAGGUUCUUCCCAGCUUUCGUCUGGGCUGUGCGUGACUUUUCGUUACUGCUGAAACUGAAUGGGAAACCUAUCACUGAAGACGAAUAUCUGGAGAAUGCCCUGAAGAGGAAGAAAGGUACUGAGAGUCGGAGGGAUCCUAGCCUGGAUGAGUGCCGGAUUUAGGACGGUGUGGGAUGUUCCCCCUCACAGGGGGCCGAGCCAAGGGGGCACAAAAUAAUAGCAACAGCAACAAUAAUAACCUUAUCUGUGAUUCUCUCUCUCUUAGACAACCCAGAGAAGUUGGACCUUGCCAAGAAAUGCAUACGCCAGUAUUUCCCCAGCCGCAAGUGCUUUGUCUUUGACCGCCCGGCCUCAAGGCGAGCUUUAGAGGAACUGGAGGACCUACCUGAAUCUAAACUGAAUCCUGACUUUCUGGAGCAGGUUCAGCAUUUCUGCAGCUAUAUUCAUGAGCAAGCUCAGGCAAAAGUCAUCCAGGGAGGGCACACGGUGACAGGGACAUGUGAGUAGAGGCAAAGGGCGUGGGGUAGAGUGGCUCAUGGGGAAUCCUGGGUGGGGAGGCCGGGGUUUCACCAUGAACUUCAGUAUACAGCCAAAGGGUUUAUGGACUGGAAUACGUUUUUGUUUAUGGACCAGAAUCCUUUUUGGUUGUUUUUUCUGCAAGAGACUAAGGGCCUGUCAACACUUCCACUUGCCCCAGACUUUUGCACAAUUUGUGCUAGACCAUUACCACUUAUUUGAGAGCUUUUUCAUAUAUCCUGAACUAUCUCAUAAUAAUAAUAAUAAUAAUAAUAAUAAUAAUAAUAAUAAAUAAAUAAUAUUUAUACCCUGCCCAUCGGGCUGUGUUUUCCCAGCCACUCUGGGCCGCUUACAUUAGUUCAUCAUUUAUCCAUUUUUACUCAUAUCAUAUCCAAUCACAUUAAUAACUUAUUAAACCAUAUUUCUCUCCCUUCCUACCCCUUGCAGCACUGGGGCUUCUGGUGGUGACCUAUGUGGAUGCCAUCUGCAGUGGCUCCAUACCCUGCAUAGAGAACGCGGUGGUAGCCUUGGCGCAGAUUGAGAACACAGCUGCUGUGCAUGAUGCCAUUACAUACUAUGAAGCAGAGAUAGAGAAACACUUGAAGCUGCCCACCGAGACUAUCGAGGAGCUGCUGGAAGUGCAUGCCCAAUACGAGAAGGAGGCCAUUAAAGUGUUCUUGGCACGAGCCUUCAAGGAUGUCAAUCACGAGUACCAGAAGGAACUUGGGGUAUGGGGAUUAACUCACCAGUGAGCAUGAGAUAGGGGGCUCUCCAUAUCUGAUAUAGGGAAAACUAGGAAGGAUUUUGUGUUGGAUGGAAAGUUGGAUACUCAGAAAUAGGAGGUUCCUUUCUAUGGGGCAAUGUAUUCAUUCCUGUCCUAGUUCAGAGACUGAGUAGCCAAGAUGUCAAGGGAUGAGAUCCGGCUCCUUAGCAAGGUUGUGUUGGCCAUUGAUUGGAUGCCAUUGGAAAGUUUAGGGAAGUUUUUAAUAUUUAAUGCUGUAUUGUUUUUAACACUUGAUUGGGAGCUGCCCAGAGUGGCUGGGGAAACUCAGCCAGAUGGGUGGGGUAUAAAUAAAUUAUUAUUAUUAUAGUUGAGAUGAGCUAAGAUGCCCCCAGGAACACGGAACAUCUGGCAACCACUUGGUUUUGUUGGGAUGAAAAAGUAACCCUGUUCCCAAGGGAGGUGUUUAGAAUGAGGAACUAACUGUGGGAGGACCAGUUUGAGGAAAGGACAGAGGGUAGUAGGUGGGCCACCUUUUUCAGGCAAAGUAGACUUACAGCAGGUAUCCACACUUACCUUUUGCCUUGCUCUUUCUGAGCUUUAAAACAUGGAUUGUGCCUGGAAAGAGCGGAGGAAAGGUAAAUGUGAAUAAGCCCUAGGUCUUUUAGCCCUUUUUUGCAUCUCUUCUCCUGGGUUGACAAAUGGGAAGCCAGUUGGCACUCAGCAGAAUGGACUUUCUGAUCUGUAUCUAAGAGUCAUUUUCUCUCAUGGAUUUCAAGGGCAUUGCAGCCUUCCUCCUGGGUCUCCACGUGCAAGAUGCAAGCAGCUUUUUACCUUUCCCUGCUCAGUGCUAUUUAUGAUAAAUCUAAAAAGCAGAGUUAGGGGCAUUCUGGGUGCCAACUUGCUUAUUUGUUUGAUGGUGCUGGGAGAGUAAGCAGAACAACAGCUAACUUUCAGAAUAAGGUCCUUUUAUUUCAUACACUGAAUCACACUUUGGAACCAUGUUAUCCGUUGCUUCCCCUUUGCACUGGUCCACUGGGGAUAGUGCCUGCAACAAGAGGGAGCCCUGAAAUCCCUGGAAUAAGGAAUAUAGGACUGUUCUCUAUUAGGAAGCACCAUUUGCCUCUCACCCUGUGCCCCCUUCUCUCUUCCCCUCCACUCUUCCCUCUUUCCUCCAGACCCAGCUGCAUGCCAAGCUUCUCGAGUUGUGUUCUCGCAAUGAGCAGGCAUCAUCAGAUCGCUGCCAGGCUGUGCUUACACAGCUGUUCCAGGACCUGGAAGAGGAGAUUGGCAAGGGGAGCUAUUCUGUGGCUGGGGGCUACCAGCGCUUUCUGGAUGACCAGAAGGAAAAGGUGGAUCAGUAUUACCUGGUGCCUGGGAAAGGACUCAUGGUGAGUCAGACUUGUAGGCACAGCAACAGGAGGGAUAAGAGGACAUGCAACACACCCACAAACCACGUUUAGCUUCCCCCAGGGAUAGAUACUCUCCUUAUAACUAUUUUACUGUUCCUUUGCUAUAAUAGGUUUCUCCAGAGCUGUCGCUCCAUUCCCAGUCAGCAGCCCUGUCAGCAUUACUGUAAGAGACACUGUGGUGCAAUGGUUAGAGUGCUGAUCUAGGAUCUGGGAGACCAGGGUUCAUAUCCCUACUUCAGCAACAAACCCGCUGGGUGAUCCUGGCCCAGUCACUGCUUCUUUGCUAUCUUGCCUCACAGCUUUGUUGCAAGCAUAAAAUAGGGCGAGAGCCAGGCACACCACCUUCAGCUCUUUGGAAGAAAGGUGGGAUAUAAAUGUAACCCCUGCCUCACUCCCCUGCCUUGCCCGCUCCCUGCUCAGCCCGAUAACCACAUUUCUCCCAGUGCAGUUCUGAUCCUGAAGUGAAUCAGGGUGGGAGAAGAUUUCUUUAAAGGAUAGUACACCUUGGGGUAAAGCAGAGGAGGAAAUUACUUUUUAGAUAAAUUACAUUUUGCUUUAAUUGAUUAAUUAGGUAAUACCCUGCCUUUUCUUCAAGUAACAGAAGGCAGUGUGAGUUGUGUUCUCCCAACCUUUCUCUUACAGCAACCCUGUGGGGUAGGCUAGGGAGAGAAAGAGAGAGAGACUCCAAGAUCUCUUCAUGGCUGUGGGGGGGACUUGGACCUGGGUCUCCACAGUCUUAGUCAUACACUUAAAGUAAUACACCUCACUGUCUCUCUCUCAAACCCAGCUCAGCUCCAGAUGUGAUUGGGCCAUUAAUCUAGAUAAAGUACGAAUGGCUACUCUGCCAUAUCUAGACUGGCCUUCAGGUUUUUGCAGUGUCUUCUUCACUGCAUAUAGCUUUGCAUGCAAGCACAAAGCCAAAAAAUUUGCCUCACUCUACCCCUCUUCUCCCCUUUAGGCUUCCCAGGCCCUGCAAGACUUCCUGAAAUCCAAGGAGGCAGCAGCCCAAUCCAUUUUGCAGGCUGACCGGACCCUCACGGACAAACAGAAGGAGGUUGAAGGUGAGCCCCAGUUCAGAGGCCUCCUCCACAGACAGACCUUACAGACCCAUAACAAUCUUGGCUGGGAUAGUUUUAGCCUCCUCCGUCAGAGGUGGGAGUCCCCACUUCCUAUCACUUUUGUUAGUUCCUGAUUCCUACCAAUUCCCAGGCCUCUGAAUGAAAGCCAAACUAGGAACAUCUUGGAGGGUACAAUGAUCAGACCUGCCAUUUAAUAAUAAUAAUAAAAAAAUUGUAAUGGCCACUGUGGAGUGGUGACUUUGACUGAGACCACAGGAUGGGAGAGGAAAAUGUUGCUGGGAAGAUUCUUGUCAACUCAUUAAGGGAAGUGGGAAAGGCCCACUAGACUGAAGUUCAUUAAAAUAACAAUGUGACUUCCAAUGAUAUGAUAAUUUAUUAAAACUUGUUUUUUUAUAUUAAAAAUCCCUGAUACUGAGCUGUCACAGUAGCCCAGCUGAAAUGUGAUGCAGCAAAAAAAGAACUGAUGGUGCUGUAUACUGUUAAAUACUGUCACAACAACAACAACAACAACAACAAAUUAAUAAUGAUUAUGCUACAUGCACACCACUCAUGUAAAACACAUUCCCUUCCCUAAGAAUCCUGGGAACUUAGUUUGUGAAAGGUGCUGGGAAUUGUAGGUCUGUGAAAGGUAAACUAAAGUUCCCAGAAUUCUUUAGAGGAAGCUGUGUUUUUAAAUUUGAUUUCAGUGUAUGUACACAACCUCCAAAUACGCUAAUGCAGCCUUUGCCAACCUGUGUCUUAAUGUACAAUUAGCAUUCACCAUCUCUCUUUCCCUCUAGUGGAGCGAGUCAAGGCUGAAGCCUCUGCCCGGGAAGCAGAGUUGCAUGAGAAGAUGAAAGAUGAGGCUGUCCGGAGGGCCCAGCAGCAGGAAAAGAGUUUUGAGGAGCACAAAAGGCAGCUAGAAACAAAAAUGGAGGAGGACAGGAGGAAGCUACUGGCAGAGCAUGAGAUGGUGAUGAAUGCAAAGCUCCAGGUAACAAUAUCCUUAGUAGUGUAAGCCUGAUCAUUUAUGCAGUCCUACCAGCUUUCACUAAAGAGGCCAGAGUCGAAGAAGGAGGAGGAGGAGGAGUUUGAAUUUGAUAUCCCUCUUUAUCACUACCCGAAGGAGUCUCAAACAAUCUCCUCCCCCUUCCUCCCCCACAACAAACACUCUGUGAGGUGAGUGAGGCUGAGAGAUGUCAGAGAAGUGUGACUAGCCCAAGGUCACCCAGCAGCUGCAUGUGGAGGAGCGGAGACGCGAACCCAUUUCACCAGAGUAUACGCUCUUAACCACUACACCACACUGGCUCUCUAUAAGACACUAUAUAUGUAUGCAAUUUCUAUGCAUGUAUUUUUACCCCACUCUUUAGCCAAAGAAGGCCUCCUGAGCAGCUCACAGCAAACAGUAAUAAGCAUUCAGGCUUACAAUCUAAAAGAUACAGCACAAAAAGAAAAGGGAUUGGGAGGGAGGACCAAAAAAGCAACCCCAGGCACUACUUCUUAGUCACAAUGUUCUUUUGAGUCUUCUUUCUGGCAGACUAGAAGGAAGCAAGCUUCCUCUUCCUGCUGCUGCUGCCGCCUCUUUGGAUGAUGAAUGGAGUCUGGUUUGUCUCUCUUGCCAUUGUUAUUUUAUCUGGGGACUUGUGACCAUUGGGGAGCUCUACAACAUACAUCCUUCAGGAAUCACAGGGCCAGUUUGUGCAAGAUGGCACCAUUCUAGCUGAGGAUGCCUGUGUCAUCUUGAGAUAGUCUUCAGGGACCUAACAUUAGGGGGGGAAAGCAGUUGGAUUGGGGGCAUAUGGAGAAGGGAGGAGGAAGCAAUUGCUCACCUGUCUCAAUUCAACACCUGAAUUGGCCUAGCUCUGUCCCCGUCUCUUAUUGCAGUCUCCAGCUUUGCUCUGUGAUCAACUGGCAUUGACUUUAUUCUUUAUCCCUGCCAUUCCUUAGGAGCAGAGGCGGCUUCAGGAAGAAGGGUUCAACCAAGAAGUCAACAGGCUUCAGGGCGAGAUCCAGCGCUUGCACUCUGCGAUGAGUCAACAGCCGGAUGAGGGCCCUGGAUUCUGUGUGAUUCUUUGAAGCUGCUGGCAUUUCCAAAAGGCCCUAAAUGGAUGAGGAAUGGGAUGGAGAGGAGAGAUCUACUUUGUAUCUGGGCUCACUGAGUAGAUAUCUUUGGUGUGACUUUUUGUGUGUAUAUGAGAAAAAUGAUGGCAUAUAAAGACAAAAUGGGUGAAAUUAAACAAGAAGGAAAAUCUGAUAGUUGAUUGUAUUCUGUUGGUAUAAUAGGGUUCAUGCCUUGUAACCUUGUCUUAACUAUUAUGUUUAUGUUGCAAAUAGUUCUAGCUGCUGCAUUGCAAGUAUUCAUAUAACUAUGGUUUAUUUAUUUUGGUUUUAUUUUAUGUCUGUAUUUCUUCGACAGUGAUUUAUAAUUGUAUAUGGACCAUGUAUAUUGCCACUAGAUCAUGUUUAAUAACAGUGAAUUUUGCAGAACCUUAUAUAACAGUUUUUGGACAAUAAAUAAAUUGGAAUCUGCCAUGGGUAGAGGCUUCUCUGUAAAGGUAAAAAGUCUCCAGCUUGAAACAAUCUAAAGGCAAGACAGUAUGUGAAAAGUUUAUUGGGCUUGGAUGUGGGGAAAUUGUGCUCAGCUAUGAAGCUUUCAUGGAUGGGUUUUAGGAAGGGUGGAGGGAAUCGCCCCCAUAUACAUUUCAGAUGACAUUAUUCAUUAGAAGCACCUUUAUCUCAGGCAAAUCUGCUGCAUCUUUGUAUUGACUGGCUUUUGUGAACAAUUACAUUUCUCCAAAGUUCUUGAUUGCCAUUAGUCAUAUGCAAACCACACCAAAUAUGGACAUCAUAUUUUCUCCAGGGGAAUCGGACUUCUGCUGCUUCUCUCUCAUACACAAACACACCUUUGCUGCUGGAGAGCACACUUCAGCUGUGAAUAUUUGCAGGUUUCCCAUCAUCUCACUGACUGCUAAAAAGGUGAUCUGGAGCCAUGCUGUUCCUUGUUUUUCAGACAAUUAACAUUUCCACACUAAGGUCUGCCAGUGUCGUCCAGACAUGGCUGUUCUAUGGUCAGCUAGAAGCAGAAUUAUAAAUGUCCACAUCAGCAAAUGUGACUUGAUAUUGCAGAAGAAAUUUUGACCCCAAGGCCUCAGUCCUGGUCUGUGACCGCCAGUUUU